AUGGAGGUACGAAAUCUGUCAGAUAAUUCGCCGCCAACUACCAUUGUGUCAACCCCACCACGUAAGCGUCGUCGGGCUAAGCUUGCCUGCGAUCCUUGCAGAUCCCGCAAGCGAAAAUGUGACGGUCAUCUGCCUUGCGAAACAUGCAUUCAAUUCGAAUACGACUGCUAUUAUGGUAGCACCACAGCAUCAAAGAAACCAACAAUAAGAGGGCAAUCUUCAGAGCAUGAACAUAGUCAUAUUAGCACCAUAUCCCCGGUAUCCGAUCAUAAUGUCGUUUCGGCGACAAAGGAUACACCGACGAAUCGGUUGACAUCACCUGCUAUCAGUAAUAAUGCAAACUCUCAAAUGGAAUCACUCGAGGCGAACUCCGGCGCAGCCUUUGUGAGAAGACUAGGUCUGAAGAUUGACCCGUCUAAUGCACCGCGCUUACAUCUUUUUGCGUGGAAUACUGGUGAGCGUUUGGCGGGUUGUCCUAUUUACACCAAGGUUGAAAUGAAGAGUUUAGCAUUGAUUUAUUUCGAUAAAGUUGCUUAUGCCUACGGGUUUAUUGACCGCGACAUCUUCUUUCAGCGUCUAGAGGAACGAUGGGGAGCGGCAAGCCUGACAAAGAUUGAUAAUGAUGAUACAUACGACCCGGUCUUCUGUGGAGUAGCGGCAUUGGGUCUUUUGUUCUCACAGAAAUUCCCAUCGGUCUUUGAGCCAGAUCUUGUUGAAACUGCGAGGGUGUUGCUGGAGCAGCACUCGUUGUCAACGCCGCCUUCGCUUGAUACGGUGACUGGCUGGGUAUUGCGAGUUGCAUAUCUGCGCAUGACUUCCUUGCCGCAUAUUACCUGGUUGGCGAGCUGUUCAUUGAUGCACGCUGUUGAAGCAGCAAGGAUCCAUCUGGAGUCACCAUCCCGAACCGUGUUUGAGGGAUCGUCGUCGGAAUACGAGAAUAUUGAUCUCGACAUACGUCGCCGCUUAUGGGGGAUGGCACAACACUUGAAUAUUUGGGCUUCCUUUGACCUUGGCAGGACAAAGAUCACAUUAUCUGGCGCCUCAACGAAGCCAUUUACUCCAAAAGCUGGGGAUCAUACAUCUGAACUUUUGGCGUUCAUACCUUUGACCGAGCCGCUAGAUCCUAAUAAGACGCGAAGCGUCGAAGAUCUGGAGGCGGACUUAACUCGUGUCCUGGACGAAGACCUUGAACGACCACCCGUCAUCAUGGCACAAGUCAACCUCACGUUGUGCAUUUUCCGCCGCCUCCGAGCCCAAAAAUCGCAUAUGCUGAGCCUUCAAGCAGAUCGAAUUUUGGAGCUAGUCAUUAAAGGGCUACGUGCCGCUCGGCAAAUGGUUGUAGAUUGUAGUCCCUGGCAUCAUGUAGCCAAUGUUCCAUUCCAAGUGGUUUGCUUAUUGCUAGCAAUCGAUAGUCGAGCGUCACUGGCCUUGUUGGGUGAUGCGAUGGGCACAUUGCAGCUUGUGGCCAACAUGUGGAAUAGUGCCGUGAUGCGAGAAGCCUAUAACACCGCUUAUUUAUUAAUACUCCUACAUCAACGACGGAAAGAGGAAGAUGCGAAAGCUCUUCGGGAUGUGUUGAGUAUGCAUUCGACCGCACCGGCGAUGACAGCAGUUGACUCUUCAUCCACUUGGCAAUUCGGUGGUUUCGGCAAUAAUCAGCACAGCGGCUAUCAACAUCCACCGCAGACAAUGAUGACAGCGACGGCGGCUGAUUCUGCGGAGUUUUCGUGGUUGGAAAAUUUGAUUUCUGAUAUGCCGAGUUUGAGAGAAUUUGAUUUGGAGCAGUUUCUUGUACAGGAUGCGACGCAGCCGCAGGAACCUGAGAUUGCGACGGGUUUUGCGCCAGAUCUCAAUCCUUGA